ACACACACACACACACACACACACACACUCUCACUGAAGGAAAGAAAACCAGCUCUCCUCCUCGAGCUGGGCAGAAGGAGUCGGUUCAGUCUCGCGGCUCAGAUUGAGACGUUUCUCUGGAUGUGUCGGACCUCGGGACGCUUUCUGUCGGACUUUAGAGGAUCGCGCUCGAAGAUGUUGAGAGAUCUGCACGUCGUAAAUCCAUAAAGAGCUUCAUUCAUCUGCAGACCGAGGCCGGCCGUCAGUGUGGAGUAACCGUGGAGCGAGCGGAGUGUGUGCGCGCCCGUGUGUGUUUCCAUGCCCGAGUCUCAGGGAUGGAGCUACAGGUUCGGACAUCGCUGCUGUUUCUGCUGGGUCUGCUCUCGUCCGCUCGGGCGAAUGUGCUGGAGAGCAUGUUACAGAGGAGUUCUGGGAAGGUGACGGCGGGCGGCGGCAGGGAGAACGGAGGAAGCGCCUCACCGCUGCUUCCUGAGAGGAUGUUACUGUGUCACUGUUAUCAUCACUGUCCUGAAGACUCCACCAACAACACCUGCAGGACUGAUGGUUACUGCUUCACUAUGGUGGAGGAAGAGGAGGGUGGCUCUCCAGUUCUCACGUCUGGCUGUCUGGGGUUGGUGGGAUCAGAGUUUCAGUGCAGGGACACUGGAAACGCUCGACUGAGGAGGAUCCUGGAGUGCUGCACAGAUCAGGAUUUCUGUAACCGGGACCUUCAUCCAACACUGCCUCCGCGCAAGAGACCUGAUCAGGACAGCGGAAUUGAUAAAAUAGCCGUGAUAUCCUCAGCGGUGGUCUGCUUCAGCUUACUGCUAGUCAGCGUCAUAUGCUACUAUCACAGGUGUCAGCGUCAGGGCAUGCGGCCACGUUACAGCAUGGGUCUGGAGCAGGACGAGACCUUCAUUCCCGCUGGAGAAUCUCUGAAGGAUCUGAUCGAACAGUCUCAGAGCUCCGGCAGCGGAUCAGGACUCCCUCUUCUGGUGCAGCGAACCAUCGCCAAACAGAUCCAGAUGGUGAAGCAGAUCGGGAAGGGCCGUUACGGCGAGGUGUGGAUGAGCCGCUGGAGGGGCGAGAGGGUCGCUGUCAAGAUCUUCCUAACCACAGAAGAGGCCAGCUGGUUCAGAGAGACCGAGAUCUACCAGACCGUCCUCAUGAGACACGAGAACAUCCUGGGAUUCAUCGCGGCCGAUAUCAAGGGCACGGGCUCGUGGACGCAGCUGUACCUGAUCACGGACUAUCACGAGAACGGCUCUCUGUACGACUACCUGAAAUCCACCACGCUGGACACCAAAGCGCUGCUGCGGCUAGCGUACUCCGCCGUCUCCGGCCUCUGCCACCUUCACACCGAGAUCUUCGGCACGCAGGGCAAGCCGGCCAUCGCUCACCGAGACCUGAAGAGCAAAAACAUCCUGGUGAAGAAGAACGGCACGUGCUGCAUCGCCGACCUCGGCCUCGCCAUCAAAUUCAUCAGUGACACUAAUGAAGUGGACAUCCCUCCGAACACACGGGUGGGCACCAAGCGCUACAUGCCCCCGGAGGUGCUGGACGAGAGCCUGAACAGCUGCCACUUCCAGUCCUACAUCAUGGCAGACAUGUACAGCUUCGGCCUGAUCCUGUGGGAGAUGGCCAGGAGAUGUGUGUCCGGCGGGAUCGUGGAGGAGUAUCAGCUGCCGUAUCACGAGCUGGUUCCGUCAGACCCGUCCUAUGAGGACAUGAGGGAGGUGGUGUGCACCAAGAGACAGAGACCCUCGUUCCCCAACCGCUGGAGCAGCGACGAGUGUCUGCGGCAGAUGGGCAAACUGAUGACCGAGUGCUGGGCUCACAAUCCCGCGUCCCGUCUGACCGCGCUGCGGGUCAAGAAGACGCUCGCCAAGAUGUCCGAGUCUCAAGACAUCAAGCUGUGAGGCGUCCCGGGGGUCCGAGGAGACGCGGCGGCUUUCUCCUGCUUUCUGUGAAAGUUCCCCGGAGCCGCCGACCGUCAGCAUCAACACACGACUAAACCAUCCACUCGAGACGACUCAUGCAGCUUUUCCUUUCACGUUUUCCAGAAGACUAAUCAAAAUGCCGGGCUGGUUUAUCGUCCGGUGGUUUCCUCGCUCCGCAGAAAUACGUCCUUGUAAAAUAUGAAUGUACAUAUUGAAUGUCACGAGUUAAAGACAGAUGUUUUGUUGCGUCACGUGGACGUUUGUACAGGAUGCUUUCUUUCGUGUUGCCUUGUGCCUUAUUUAACACACAUGUAAAAGUUUAAUAUUUCAUAGUUCUAUGUAAAUGGAGUGACAACAUAGCGUUUAACAUUCCCGUCCCCUUUAAUAAAAAUGAAUUAAGUUCUGA